AUGUCAAUUAAUGCAAGCGAACAAUGGCUAUCAAUUAUUCAAGUGUCUAAUGUAUCAUUUGUAAGACGAGAUCUUUGUCAUAUUAAAUAUGGUCUUCAUCAUCGACAAAUUCGUUUCUGUCAACGAAAUGAACAUAUUAUGCGUUUUAUACGUUCCGGUACCAAUUUAGCAUUAGAACAAUGUCAAAUACAAUUUAAAAAUCGUCAUUGGAAUUGUACAUUGUUCAAAGACAAUGAUUUAAUUGGAAAUAUUCUUGAUUCGGGAACAAAAGAAUCAGCCUAUAUUCAUGCAUUAACAUCAGCUGGUAUUGCAUAUGCAAUAACAAAAGCUUGUAGUAAUGGACGACUCAAUUCUUGUGGAUGUGAUAUGACAAUAAAAGAUAAAUAUUUAAAUGAAUCGAUUCAAUGGACUGGUUGUUCAGAUAAUGUUUUAUUUGCAACAGAAAUUACAAGAAAAUUUGUUAAUCUUCGAGAAUAUGAAACAAAAACUCGAACGAGUUUAUUAAAUAUACAUAAUAAUCAAGUUGGAAUUCGAACAAUUCUUUCAUCAGUUGAUCAGCAAUGUAAAUGUUAUGGUGUAUCUGGAUCUUGUGAAUUGAAAUCAUGUUGGCGUUCACUUCGUUCAUUUACAUAUAUUGCUAAUCAAUUAAAAGAAUUCUAUGAUAAUUCAAUAGAAGUAUAUUUAGAACGAAAUUUAAUCAAUAAAAAAUUACAAUGGAUACCUAAAAAUAUUCCAUUUCAAAAAGAAAAACAAUCAAUAUCAAUAACAUUCAAAAAUCAUAUGAUUUUUAUAAAGUCAAGUCCGAAUUACUGUGAAAUAAAUUUAUCUAUUGGAUCAUUUGGUACAAUAGGACGUGUUUGUAAUCGAAAUUCACGUGCUAUUGAUGGAUGUGACUUACUUUGUUGUAAUCGAGGUUAUCAAUCUCAGAUAGUGACUAUACACAAUCAAUGUAAUUGUCGUUUUCAGUGGUGUUGUUAUGUGCAAUGUCAAAGUUGUGUUAUAACUCGAGAAAUUAGCCGUUGCUUAUAA